GAAAAUACGAAUUUACUUUGCUGAAAACAUGGCGGAUUUUUGUUUGCAAAGUUGUUUCAUGUCAUUUUUUUAAAAAGAGGUAAUGUAUGCAAAAAAUGCGCGUGAUUUGUGGUUUUUCCAAAAUUUUCGUACAAUUGAACAGGGUGUAGUGUUUCUAUUGUUAAAUAGCGUGUGAAGUUUCCGGAUACAUUCGUAAAAAUAUUGGUACAGUUUUCAGUGCUAUGGCAACAACUGGCCUUAAUGGUAGUACCAGCCAUACUUUAGCUGCAGUAGCAGCAGCGCUUUUGGCCAAUGCUUCAACUACAAUUUCGGCACAUAUCGAAGAUACGGUGGUGGCGCAACCCUCCGAGUUGAUAUUUUUGCAAACUAAGUUGGCACGGGGCAUAGCAGGCAUUUUUGUAUUUGCCGCACUUUUUAUUACAUGCACCCAGAUUUACCAUCACCUUCGAUGGUACACAAACCCUGCCGAACAAAGAUGGAUUGUCAGGAUCUUAUUUAUAGUACCAAUUUAUGCGAUAUACUCCUGGAUUAGUUUACUCUUCUUCAAUUCUGGAAGUUACUAUGUCUAUUUCUUUACUAUAAGAGAUUGUUAUGAGGCGUUUGUGAUAUACAAUUUCUUGUCGCUAUGUUAUGAAUAUUUGGGAGGGGAGGGCAAUAUCAUGUCUGAAAUAAGGGGCAAACCAAUAAGGUCCAGUUGCCUGUUUGGUACAUGCUGUCUUAGCGGGAAAACCUAUACCAUUGGUUUUCUACGGUUUUGCAAACAAGCGACCCUCCAAUUUUGUCUGGUGAAGCCUCUCAUGGCUUUUGUAAUUAUAUUUUUGCAAAUAUUCGGACACUACCACGAUGGCGAUUGGAGACCUGAUGGAGGAUAUCUCUACACUACAAUCAUCUAUAACAUUUCAAUUUCCCUUGCUCUUUAUGGACUUUUUUUAUUUUAUUUUGCCACGCGUGAUCUCUUGACCCCAUUCGAACCAGUACUCAAAUUUUGUACUGUAAAAUCUGUGAUUUUCUUGUCUUUUUGGCAAGGUGUUGGUCUUGCCAUCUUAGAAAAGGCGGAGGUCAUUUCACCCAUCAUUGACAGUAGCGGCAUUCCCACCUCGGCUGGUACGGUGUCCGCAGGGUACCAGAAUUUUCUAAUUUGCAUUGAGAUGUUUUGCGCUGCCAUCGCCCUGAGAUAUGCGUUUCCUCACAGGGUGUACUCUCAGGGUUGUGUAACAGAUUCGAGGGGCAGAUCUGUUACCAUGCAGAGUAUCUCAAGUAGCCUUAAGGAAACAAUGAAUCCCAAGGAUAUAAUGACAGAUGCCAUUCACAAUUUCCAUCCGCAGUAUCAGCAAUACACUCAGUAUAGUUCGGGUGGCAAAAAUGGCAGAGGCAUCCGGCUGUCACAGUACGACCCAGACGAUCCGAUGAGCCCCAGUGGUGGCACAGUACCGCAUUCAUACAAUAGUCUAGAUAAUCCGUCGAAACCACCCAUGAGUUUAAGCUCAAAAGUUUCAUCCAUUAUUCAGAACUACACUGAAAAAACGAUGCUCCUCAGUUCCGACGAGGAAAACUAAUUAUUAUCCUUACUCGAGUUAUAUAAAUUGUUGUAGAUACAUACAUAGUCUAUUAUAAAGCCUUGUUGUUACCGUUAUUUUAUUAAUAGGCAAAUGUCAAUCAACACAUUGUCACCACUAACUAGCAGGUAAAACAGGUAUUAAUAGGUAAAACAAAAAUGAUUUUGUGGGAUUUAGGAACUGUUACUUUUCACUCCAAAACGAAUUCCUGUUUUGUUAAACUCGAAAUUUUCAUUAUUAAACGUAAAGUUUUGACAACAGGGCUUUGCGUAACAUAAUUUUUAUUAUAUCUAAUAAAUGUUUUUGGUGUUUGAAAGUUUUACGUAUUUCUGGAACGACGCUGAAGGAUCAGUAAGUCAUGGAAUUGUUUACCAUGUUACACCAGCGAUCGAAAUCAGAAAUAUCUAGGACAGGAAUAGUUUUUAUAUUUCCUUUAAUUUUUGGUUCAACGGAUCAACUCUAUAAAAUUGACAUCAGGAUUUUGUCGUUAAUAUUUAGAAAUUUUUUUGGUUCUCAGAGAUUAGGAAAAGGCACAGUGCGCUGAAUAAAAUUAUGCUUUUUGUGUUGUGGUUUGUCAUAGAAAUUGGGAAAAAGAGAGAAAGGGAAAUUACAUUAUAUUUUUGUAUUCGCAAAAUUCCUCUUGGUACUAGUCAAAUUCUGAGUAUUAUUUAAAUUGUUUGGAAUUGUUAAUUUUUCGUUUGUCUUAAUGCGUCAUAAUAAUCGAUAAUCAAUCAUAAAAUAUCAAAAAGUCUGCAAGAAAUGUUGUAUAUUCGCUUAAUUUAAUUGUCUCGAGGCUCAGCAAAAAGAUAUUGAAGCUCAUUCUAAAGCUCAAUACUUUUAGAAUCAACGUCAAAAAUCAAUUGUUUCUAAAAAAUGUGCUUCGAAAUGCGAUUAAUUUGACAGUAUUAUCUUUUUUAUGGUUACUAGAGUUUAUUUUAUUUUUGUACUUAUUUUAGCGAAAUAUACUGGUUGAUUUUAGUUUC